AUGGUUAACUCAUCUCGUUGUGAUGAAAUUACUUUUACACCCCCUCCUGCUCCGUCUCUACAAAAUGCUCCUUUUUAUGGCUUCCCCUCCUGCUCGAAGACCGCGAGCCCCCGUCGCCAUCUGGCGUGCAGCGCCCGGAAGUCUCUUUUCUGUCUCUCUCUCGGGACUUCGAUGGGCUCCGAGCUCACCUACCGCGGCCGCGAAGCCCUGCCGGCGGACGACGCCGGGGCGAACUCCCCCAAGCCCGAAAAGAGGUUCCUUUGCCUGCCCCGCCCGCUCCGAUACCUCCUCGGCGAGCAGCGCCUCCUCUUCGUGCUUGUCGGCGUGGCCCUGGCCUCCGUGUUCUUCGUCUUCGCUCCUCCCUACACCGGCCCUUCCACCGCCGGUGCCCACCUCGCGGUGGACCUCGCCCGGUUGUCGUCGAUGCCAGCGGUGCACGGCGGGUACCGGAUGGCGCUCGAGAGAAGGUUCGUCGGGGGAAGGGUGCCGCUGGGACUGAAGCGGAAGGGGCUCCGCAUCGUGGUCACCGGGGGCGCCGGGUUUGUGGGGAGCCAUCUGGUGGACCGCUUGAUCGAGAGAGGGGACAGCGUCAUCGUGGUGGACAACUUCUUCACGGGGCAGAAGGAGAACGUGAUGCACCACCUCGGGAACCCCAACUUCGAGCUCAUCCGCCAUGACGUGGUGGAGCCGCUACUCUUGGAGGUGGAUCAGAUCUACCACCUUGCGUGUCCGGCGUCGCCAGUCCACUACAAGUUCAAUCCUGUGAAGACGAUCAUAUCCUUUUGCUGACCUCUUCCCCAGCUAGAUCGCUUUAUAUAUUAGCUAUAAAGAUUGAGGAUUGCUUCUUUUGAA